GGGGCUGGGGGGCCAUGCUGUGGGUGCCCAGACCCCCCCUUGCCAUCAGGCCCUGGGGAGUCGCGGCUCCCGACGCCUUGGGUUUACAUUGAUCUGGUUUUGUACAUUUGUAAACACUUGUAAAUAUUUGUACCUUGAGCGCCUGGAUGUACAUUUUUAAGCUAAAAACCUGCCAGUGGAGACACGUGGUGACUUUGCGUGGGGGGUGUUUUGGGGGGGGGUCGGGGCUUUUGUGGUUGUUUCGCCUCCCCCAGAGUUUUCUCUCCCUCCUGCAUCCUGUGGGAUGCGGGUGGGAGGGCUCCAGGUGCCCGUCCCGGGUGUCCCCUCGCUGGCAGGGGGGACCACGUCCCUCCCUUGCCCCCAACACCCCCAACUUGGCUCUGCCAGCCAGACCAGCCAUGUCCCCCCCUAUCCCAGUGGAGAGGUGCCUGCCCUGUGCCCGAGGUAGGUGCUGGGACCCCAAACCCAUCCCCAGAGCCACAUCUGCUGCUCCCGAUGCCGUUCCUGGUGCUGCUGUCCCUUCUCCAGGCUCUGUGGACACGGUGGGCAGCCUGGUGGCACAGUGACAGCAUGAGACCCCUGAGGGACAGCCAGAGGAGAUGCUGAGGUCAGGUCAGGAGCUGGCACAGGAACCAGCUGGAUGAAGCCCAUCCUGGGGGGGCACCUGCAGGGGGACCCCAAGAAUCACACUGGGGCUGCACCAUCCACUGGAGAGCAGGGGUUUCCCAGUAAACAUUUGGGAAGUGGAUGGCACAGCUUCUGGCUUCCUCUUGGUCCCACCAGCACUUCCAUCUGCUUGCACAUGAAUCAGAGGUGUCUUCUCCUGCACCUGGAGGAGAGCAGCAGCCCUGGUGAUGAAGGAGAGGUGUCCCAGGGCAGCAGGACCCUUCCUGGAUGGCAGGUCUGAGAAGACAAGCAGCUGUUGCCAUCAGCCAGGAGCUGAGCCGGCUCGCCUGCCGCAGCCCUGGACCCAGCACCUGGAUCCACCAGGUCCGGAGGAGAAGCUCCUUGCUCAGCUCGAGGCUGGAGGAGAAACCCUUCAGUGAGAUGGAAAUGUCUUACAUCAAGCAAGGGGAGGAAGCCCUCCAGAAAUCACUCAGCAUCCUCGGGGACCAGGAUGGCUGGAAAACAGAGAUGACAGUGGAUAACGGGGACAAAGUGCUGAGCAAAGUGCUCCCAGAUGUGGGCAAGGUGUUCCGACUGGAGGUGGUGGUGGACCAGCCCCUGGAUGCAGUGUAUGGUGAGCUGGUGGACAACAUGGAGCAGAUGGGAGACUGGAAUCCCAACGUCCAAGAGGUCAAGAUUCUCCAGAAGAUUGGGAAGGAUACAGUGAUCACCCACGAGAAGGCAGCUGCUCCCCCGGGGAACAUUGUUGGACCCCGGGACUUUGUGAGCGUCCGGUGCUCCAAGAGACGCGGCUCCACCUGCGUCCUGGCUGGCAUGGCCACCACGUUUGGAGCCAUGCCCGAGCAGGAGGGCUUCGUCAGAGCUGAGAACGGUCCCACCUGCAUGAUCCUGCGCCCGCUGUCUGGCAGCCCCUCACAGACCAAGCUGACGUGGCUCCUCAGCAUUGACCUGAAGGGCUGGCUGCCAAAGACCAUCAUCAACCAGGUCCUCUCCCAGACACAGGUCGACUUCGCCAACCACCUCCGGGAGCGCCUUGCCCGGACCUGCUGAUGGCAGGACAGUCUAGUAGUGCUUGGUGCAGGGAAUCUUGUGCUGGGGUAAGUCAGACACAGCCUGGGCUCACCAGCCAAGGCUUUUAACUAGUAGACACCACUAAUUAAUAAAGCUUUAUUAAUUGGAACUAACUAGUGGCCAGCCCAUGUUCAGUGGGGCAAACACAGGACUGAAGAUUUGAGGCUAAGUCCUGCGCCUGCCCUACUGAGCAUGUGCACCACCUGUAACCAGGCAGUUUCAAUAAAUUAAUAAAGAUUUGUUAUUCAUGGAGACUACUUCCCCAGGGAGGCUGCAGGGCCCACACCUGCUCAAAAGUUUUGAAGUCCUGCAUUUGACCCACUGAGCAUAUGUGGGCCCAGCCAAGCACCUGCAGCCUCCCUAGCUAAUUCAUUUAAAUGCAUAAUAAAGCUUUAUUUAUUAGUGGUGUCUACUAGCAACUAAUUAGCCAGGCCUUUACUGGUAGACAUCACUAAGUCAUAAAGCUUUAUUAUACAUUCACUGGAAUUAGUGAGGUUGUUGCAGGGCCCACACAUGCUCAGUGUGCAGGACUAAAACGUGAGGUUCAAGUCCUGCGUUUGACCCACUGAGCACGUGCAGGCCCAGCCAAGCACCUGCAGCCUCCCUAGCUGAUUGGUUCCAGUGAUUAAAUAAUAAAGCUUUAUGAAUUAGUGAUGUCUACCAGUAAAGGCCUGGCUAAUUAGUUAUCAGGGAAGGCCUAGCCCCCCAGCCUGGAAACAUCAGCACAUGCUCAGGGGGUCAAAUGCAAGACUUUAAAAUUUUGAGCCCUGUGUUUGCACAAUGAGCAUGUGUAGUUCCAAUGAUUAAAUAAUAAAGCUUUGUUAUUACUGGUGGUGUGCUAGUGACUAGGCCUGGCUAAUUGGUUACUAGUACACCACCACUAAUCAAUAAUAAAGCUUUAUUAUUUAAAUGGUGGCUACAGGUGCUUGGUAGAGUCUGCACAUGCUCAGUAGGUGAAAUGCAGGACUUGGAACCUCAAGAUUUUUAGCCCUCCCCUAGUGAAGCAGCUUUAAUUUAUUGUUCUUGUAGAGGGACAGAGUCAGAUUAUUUAUUCAUUCAGAGUUCUGCAGUGAUCAUCAUUGGCAAGAGCUUAGUGAAGUGUGGCUACUUGUGAUGAAUGAAGUCUGAGUCCAAAGACAUCCAAGAGUUAAAGCCUUUAUUUUUAAACUGGUUUCCAGUUUGUUGGGAAAUAAAAAAUAAAAUACA